AUGUAUGAUUACCAUCAUGUAGAUCCAUUUAUUCUUUCAAGUUCAUGUCCACAAUCUUCUUCGCUUGUUACUUGUGCACAUCGUAUCGGUGGAAUAAUUGAUCCAGAUUUUUUACUUCAAUGUCAAAUAAUAGACAAAAAUUUCGAAAAAAAAAUCAAUCAAUUAAAACAAAUUCCAAUAAAAUAUGAUUUAUUACCAUUAAAUAAUAAUAAUAAUGAAUAUCAAGAAGAUCUUUUUCUUGAUAUAGGUAUACCAUAUAAAAAACAUUUUUUUAAUUCAUUGGAAUUUAAACAAUAUAAUUCAUGGUUAAUUGAUGAAAAUCAAUGGAAUAUACCAUAUACUAUCAAUGACGAUCUUAUUAUUUGA